AGCACCGCCCAUGCAGGACUUGCUCAUUCCUUCCUUCAUCAGCACCCCAAUACCCACUCCAUCGUCAAGCAACUUGCAUCACAAACAUGGACGCAAGAACUCAGAAAUACGACCGACAGCUCAGAUUGUGGGGCAGCAGUGGUCAGGAUGCCCUCGAGUCCGCACAUAUCCUUCUCAUAAACGCAACAGCAGCCGGCUGUGAGAUCCUCAAGAAUCUGGUUCUUCCUGGUAUCGGCCAGUUUACCGUAGUCGACCAAGGCACCGUCACCCAAAACGAUAUUGGAUCCAACUUCUUCCUCGACUUUGACAGUCUUGGUUCAUCACGGGCGAGACGUGCCUGUGAGCUCCUUGGCGAGCUGAACGAGGAUGUCAAGGGUCAUUGGGUCGACAAGGACAUUCUCACUAUUCUCAAAGAGGACCCCGGAUAUCUGGCACAGUUCUCAUUGGUCGUUGCCUCGGAUGUCACGCGUGAGACCGCAGAAAAGAUUGCCGGACUUUGCUGGGUAAACGGUCAAGAUGUUAAUGCCAACGGUGGCAAUGGCGGUCCCGCAGGAAAGAGAAAGACCACGUUCGUUUGGGUCAAGACAGUCGGACUCAUUGGUGCUGCCAGAAUCGCUGUUCCUGAGCAUGCAAUUGUGGAGACCCACCCAGAUAAUGUUGCCGAUCUGCGCAUCGAUGCUCCAUUCCCGGAACUCAGCGCUUACGCAAAGUCAUUUGACUUCAACACAAAGGAUGGACUUGAGUUCGGUCAUAUCCCUUAUGUGGCGAUCCUGUUGAAGUACAUGGGUGAAUGGAAGCAGGAGCAUGGCGGCAUGAUCCCCUCGACAUAUGCAGAGAAGAACCAACUCAAGACCAAUAUCAAGUCUGGAAUGCGGUCCGCAGACGACGAGAAUUUCGAAGAAGCGAUUAAUUCUGUCUUGAGAUCGUGUCAACCUACCGUUGUGCCAAGUGCUAUCAAGGACCUUUUCAACGAUCCAAAAUGCGAGAAUUUGACAGUGGAGUCCGACAACUUUUGGAUCCUCGCGCGUGCGGUGAGGGACUUUGUGAACGACCCAUCAAAGAGCGGAGGUCUGCUUCCGCUCUCGGGCACCAUUCCGGAUAUGAAAGCUCAGACGGACAGCUACGUGACCCUUCAAAACAUCUACAAAACCAAGGCAAAGCAGGAUGUUCAGGAGGUUUCAAGGAUUGUCGAAUCGCUGUUGGAAUCUUUAGGGCUGGCUCCAGGAUCGAUCUCGCUACAGGAAAUCGAGAGCUUCUGCAAGUAUUCUGCAUUCCUUAAGGUCAUUCGCUACCGUAGCCUUGAGGAGGAAUACCAUCAGUCCAAGACAAAGCAGAUUUCAUCGUGGCUGUCGGACCCUGACUCUGUGUUCCCUUUCUAUGUUCUUCUGCGUGCGUCGGACUCGUUCCAUGAUGACCACGGACGAUACCCUGGCGAGGGAGAGGACUGGGAGGACGAUGUGGAUCAAUUGCAUACGAACGUAACUACACUGCUGCAGUCCUGGGGCAUCGACAAGGACGCUAUCUCGAAGGACCUGACUUACGAAAUCUGUCGCUACGGAAACGGAUCGAUCCAUAACAUUGCUUCGUUUAUUGGAGGUGUUGUCAGUCAAGAGGUCAUCAAGUUGAUCACGCAUCAGUACAUCCCUAUGGACAAUACAUUUAUCUUUGACGGAGCACGUUCUGUGUCUUCUGUCUUUGCGGUUUAAACUGUCUGAGGGGGGGGGGACUUUCCAUUUUGGAAUGCAAAAUGUUGAGUCUCGGACGUUCGGAUAGGCGCAUUACAAUAAAGAAGCGGAAUGGAUGC